AUGGAGUGGCUUCAAGUCUUUGGAGUCCUGGGUUUUCUACUAGUUUGCCGUGGCACUCCAAGCACACCAAGCCCAGUUCAGAAUCCAUCCUAUCUAAUAUCCAUCUCUAAAGUGCUGCGCUGUGGAGUUCCGACCACACUAUCAGUCACUAUUCUCACAGAAUAUCCCAUUAAUGUCACAUCUGAACUCAUUCAUGGAAACAACAGUGUGGCUCAAAUGCAGAGAACCAUCCUAGCAGGCUCUACCAGGCAAAUGGUUCUCCCUCCUGUAUUUUACAGUGAGAUGAGUUAUUUGUAUCCAUACCAGCUGAAUGUUCAGGGGUUUGUUGGAGCCAGUCAAGUGUUCUAUAACUCCACCAUGAUGGUCUUUAGCCCCAAGUGCAUGUCCAUUUUUAUCCAGACCGACAAGAGCAACUACAAGCCGGGACAGGUGGUGAAAAUUCGGGUUGUGUCUGUAACACCAGAUGGAAAGCCGUACAAUGGCAAGAUAGACAUUUUCAUCAGGGAUCCCAGAGGGAACGCGAUUCGACAGUGGGAUUCUGCAGAAGGUGUUUUAGGAGUUGUUUCAAAAGAACUGAACCUAUCUCAGAACCCACCUCUCGGCCAGUGGAAAAUUGUAGCUGGAAUCAAUGAUGUUGUACAGGAGAGACAGUUCAAUGUCAACUACUAUGUGCUUCCUAAAUUUGAGGUAAAGUUGGACUUCCCCUCUGUCCUGCAUUAUGAAGACACACUGAUGGGGACGGUCACUGCCAAAUAUCUUUAUGGGAAGCCCAUCAGUGGGAAAAUGAACAUAUCCUAUGUCCACGGUUUCCAUGGCCUAGAUAUGCAUUACGAACAGGAAGAAUCCAUUAAUGGCUCAGCUGAUGUCACAUUUUAUUUGGCCAACUUGAACAAAAGGUCUGUCGAUUACCAAUAUCUUUAUGAUGGAUACAGUGCUGGUGAAUAUAUCGACAUUACAGUGAACGUCACUGAACGUGUUACAGGAUUAACAUACAACAGCAGCAUGAGGGUGACUAUUGUAAAGAAUAAAUAUAACCUAGAAUUUCAGCAGCAUCCACAGACGAUUAAACCUUCCAUGACCUUCACUGCUCAGUUGAAGUUAUCCACCUAUGAUGACCGGCCCCUGACCACUGAAGAUAAGAGCAGGAGUGUGCGGCUGGUGGUGACCCAACACAAAUUCAGCCCCUGGACGUGGAGGUGGAAUGAACACGGAUCCCUGGAGCCACGCAUGCUAAACACCACAACUACCUCCAGCUUCUUCACUCCCAUUUACAAUGUCCCUGUGAAGGAAAUGGAGCUUCCUGUAACUGCUGAUGGAGUAAUGAUAUUCCAGGUUCACCUCUCAAAAGAUGUCGCCACACUUGAUAUAGAGGCCCAGUUUGAAGACUCAGUGAAACGCCUUCAGUUGUACAGUGGUUAUUCUUCACCCAGUAAAUCCUACAUACAACUUCACAGAGAUAGUGAGCCUCAGGUUGGAGAGCCACUGUACUUGACUGUGGAGAGUAAUGUUCACCUGAGCAAAUUCCACUACAUUGUGAUGUCCCGUGGUCAAGUGGUGGAUGCUGGAACGUUAGAUUCCCUCUCCUUCAGCUUGAGUACUGAUCACUCCUGGACUCCAUCAGCUUGUGUUCUGGUGUACUACACACUUCCAGAUGGAGAGAUUGUGAAUGAUGCUCUACAAGUGACAUUCACACAAGUCCUAAGAAACACCGUAUCUCUGAGCUGGAGUCAGGACCGUGCAGAACCAGCAGACUCUGUGUCUCUCUCUGUCUCUGUGUCCGAGCCUGGAUCUCUAGUGGGAAUUCUGGUGGUAGACAAGGGAACGCUGGACUCCAAAACAGACAAUGGCAUCACAGAGACGACGGUGCUGGAGGAAUUUAUGGCGUACAGCAGUGAAGUGACCCAGACAGAUUACAGUGGCAUGAAAAUGGGAGAUCCAUACUCUAUAUUCAUGAAUUGCGGUGUCACGGUUUUGACAGAUGCCAGACUGAAUCUGGAGACGAGUAAAUUGAUCCCUGCAUUCCCAGGGGAAGAACUGUUUCAGACUCAGCAUGCAGACGGGAUGUUUGAAGAACCACAAGAGAGAAAACACUUCCCUGAAACAUGGAUCUGGAUGGAUGCUAAUAUGAGCGAUUCCACCUCAGCUUCUUUUCCGUUUACCGUACCAGACAGCAUGACCUCUUGGAUGGCUUUUGGCAUUGUGAUGUCAGAGAAUCUUGGCUUAGGCAUCAGCGCUCCUGUAGAGCUGACCGUGUUCAAGGAAUUCUUCCUGUCUCUAAAUCUCCCGCCGUUUCUCAUCCGUGGAGAACUGCUGCUUCUGGAAGUCUAUUUAUUCAACUAUAUGGAUGUGGAUUUGGAAGUGUUGGUUGUUGUUGCAGAGAGUGAGAUGUUUGAGUUUGUGGCUGCUGACGAUGAAGAAAUUUUUCUGGCCCAUGUGAGGAAAGUCUCAGUGUUGAGUCAGGAUGUUACAUCCAUUUUAUUCCCCAUCAGAGCAACUGUACUGGGAGAGAUCCCCAUCACUGUGAAAGCUACAUCCAUCUACAGCUCAGACUUAGUCUACCAAACACUUCUUGUCAAGCCAGAAGGAAUGGAGCAGUUGUUCACUCAAACGUUGUUUCUGGAGUUCUUACAUGAGGAGAAAGCGCUGUCUAGAUCGAUGGAGUUCAGUUUUCCUGCAGAUGUGGUACCCGGCAGUCAGAGAGCCCAUGUGUCUGCUGUUGGUGACAUUCUGGGUCCAUCCAUGGGCAAUCUGGACUCGCUCAUUCAGAUGCCUUAUGGUUGUGGCGAGCAGAACAUGAUCCAUUUUGCUCCAAAUAUUUAUGUUCUCCAAUACCUAAGGAGCACAGGACAGGUGGAAGAACAGACCGGAAGCAGGGCAAUGAGCUACAUGAUGGAAGCAUAUGAGUGUGAACUGUCCUAUCAGAGGCUUGACGGCUCCUUCAGUGCUUUUGGGGACAGUGAUUACUCUGGAAGCACAUGGUUAUCAGCGUUCGUGUUGAGAUGUUUUCUCCAGGCUCGUACCUUCAUCUCCAUUGAGCCAACAUUGGUGCAGAGGACAGCUGCGUGGCUGGUGACUCAGCAGGAGCCUGACGGGUCGUUCCGAGAGCCAGGUCAUGUCAUCCACACAGAACUCCAGGGAGGUUUGGAUGGACCUGUUUCACUCACUGCAUACGUCCUCAUAGCACUUCUAGAGGAUGAUGACUACAGAAGUACAUAUGAAGGUAGUGUGUCGUCUGCGUUGAGUUUCAUGACGUCUCGACUGGCUCAGGGCAUCUCCAGUAACUACAGUCUGUGUCUGGUCACGUAUGCGCUGUCACUGGCCAACAGCAGCGCUGCUCCAUCUGCCCUCAAAGAGCUGAUGAACAGAGCGCUCAUUAGGGAUGGAGUGCCAUUUUGGAACUCUUUGUUAGAUUCUUGGCCACCUCGCUCAGCGGACAUCGAGAUGUCUGCCUACGUACUGCUGUCCAUGCACAGACAGGCACAAAUCUAUGACGGUUUCAGUCUAAUGAAAUGGCUGAGCCAACAGAGGAACCAUCUUGGUGGAUAUGGAUCCACUCAGGAUACGGUAGUAGCGUUACAGGCUCUUUCGGUGUACGCCACAUACAGCAGUUCUGAGUACAUGGAUCUCACCAUCACAGUCAACAACCCCACCGGCACCAUGGCCAUCUUCAGCAUCAGCAGAUCCAAUUACCUGCUGCACCAGAGCCAAGACCUGCCCAUGGAGGCAGAGAACCCGGUUCACAUUCAGGUGGUGGCAGAAGGGAAAGGCUUUGCUCUAUUUCAGCUUUCUGUGUUCUACUACGCGAACAGCCAGAGAACGUCACUCAGACGUCGUGACGUAUACACAGAUGAUGCAUUUUAUUUGUAUGUAGACAUGUUGGACAAUGACACAUUCCGUGUUAAUCUUCACAUUUGUUUCAGUCUGAGGGAGGACCAAGGCCUGUAUCAGACAGGGAUGGCCAUACUGGAUGUGGGUUUAAUAACUGGCUUCAGCUUGGCACAAGACACCAUCCACACAGACGAUGUGGUCAGAAGAAUAGAGACACCUCCAGGACGAGCUAUUCUAUACUUAAACACUGUCACCACAUCUGAGAGGUGUGUUGAAAUACCCACCUUUCUGGACUUCAAGGUGGCCAGUGUUCAGAAUGCAGUGGUCGUCAUCUACGACUACUAUGAGCCCCGACGGAAGACCAUGCGGUCCUAUACAUCAGAGAAAAGACGGGACAUGUCUGUAUGUUCACUGUGUGGGUCAGAUUGCUCUCAGUGUGGGGCUCAAUACAUCCAUGAUGUAUACCACGAUGGAACGCCCUCAUUUAACCAACAUCACCUACUGACUCUGGGCAUUACCACAGCACUCCUCAUCCUCCUGUCAAUCUACAACUAAUCAGUGUUUUCCCUUUACACAGGCCUGAAAUCAGUUUGGCAAGAUGACAUAUCUUUAAAUUCCCAUACAAUAGACUUUUCAUUCAAUUCAUGAAACACAAGCAGAACACAAUUAAAAUAUAUCCAUCCAUCCAUCCAUCGUCAACCGCUUAUCCUGUGUACAGGGUCGCGGGGGGCUGGAGCCUAUCCCAGCUAAUUAAAAUAUAUAACGAUAUAUUUUUUUAGUUUUAUGUCUUAGUAAAACGAGUGUUACAUAAAUAUUCAUAUCCAUGUGUUGUUAAAAAAAACAUCUGUUUAUAAAGCAGUUCUUACAUUAACUGUCGCAACAAAGGCCCCCAAAGUCAAAUGGACUCAUGAAAUACAAGCCAAACAAACUUCUGCGUAAGUCAUUCCUAUGUCCAUUCUUAACCAUUAUAUUAACUAUAUGAUUUUAAUAAAAACAUGACAGAGAUCAUUUACAGCAGACACAUGAAUGUGCCAAUUUAUGUAAGAACGAUUCUUGAACAAUUGGUUUUAAAAAUGCAUGAAUGAUGAUUUACAUAAGAAUGGGUUUUAACAUUGUUUUACGAACACAUGAAUGCAACAAUUUACUUAAGAAUGGUUUAUAAAUAAAUACAAAUACAUGAAUGCGACAGUUUAAAUAAAAAAAAAUUUGUGAAUGAUUUGUUUUUUGAUUUAAUGGCUUUUCAAACAUAAAUACAACAUAAAAAUGUUUUUUUAUGAAAAAAUGUGUUUACGAAUGUAUGUUUUUUACGAACACUUGAAUGCAAUAACU